ACUUCUUCGGCCUUUCAAAACAAGUAGCAUUUCUAUAUAAAAUAAUCAUCCAAUGCACUUCUUUUCUUUUUCUUUUCUUUUUUCUUUUUGUUCUGCUUCUUUUUCAUAAGUUUCUACAAUAGCAAAUGACCAAACAUAAUCUAUUUAGCUCAGAAAAGAAUCUGCCAUUCCAAUAUGAAGCUGCCAAGCGAAUUGAUUUCUUAGAUUAUACAAAAGAGAACCUUCAAUCAUUUAUAAAGCAUCAUUGCACAGUCCUAGGAAAGCCUUUGGUCGUGUCAAAUAUGCACAAAUCAAAUGGCUGGUCUGAUGCAGCUUUUAGCCUAGAAAGACUUAAGACAUACUGUGGAAAUUUAGAGGUGGAUCUUGACCUACAAAAGCAAGCUGAAGUAAAGAAAACGAAAGCGCCAUUAGGAAGUUACAUAGAAAGUAUUCAACAUAAAUACAAGUUCGAUCAGCCUGUUCUAAAUCAUCAUGAGAAGCUUCCUUUUUCGAUUGAAAAAGUAUACGCAAAAGAUAUUGUAUGUCCAAACGAAUAUCAAACCGCGCUGAGGAAUUUCUUACCAGAAUACCUGUUGCCUCACGGAAGCGAGGAUCUCUUCACUUUUCUACCUGAUCGAUUCAAAGCUGAAAAUCUCAUGUGCUAUGUAGGUCAAGACAUGACGGGUACUCCUAUUCAUCGUGAUUUAUGCGGCACAAUGGGUCAUAAUGUCAUGACCAUGGCAAGUGAAGAUGCCUUUGCAGAGUGGCUCAUUGUUGAGUGCCAACACCGAGAUGAUCUUGCUUGCUUGAUCGAUCCUGAAGACGAUGAUCACCAGCGUCACUUUAGACAUAUAGGCCGCAAUAAAAGACGAUCUGGACGACCCAGUACCGCAGUUAACAGUCAUGUCACCAAGAGUUCCUUUAUGGAAAGUGAUCGUGCCUGGCUCAAUUAUGACAAGAUCUUAAAGGCCAAUUUCAAGGUACAGGUUAUCGUUCAGCGUAAAGGUGAUCUUGUUAUUAUUCCCAGUCGUGCCUAUCACCAAGUUCGCAAUAGUGGUAUCUCUAUCAAAGUCGCAUGGAACCGAAUUACGCCACAAACAUUAACCUUUGCAUUUCAAGAUCAAUUACCACUCUAUCGUAUCAUUAGUCGCCCUGAAGUCUACAAAUGCAAGGCCAUUGUCUCUUUUACUUUGCAAGAAUGGAACCGCCAGAUAAAUGACCUUGUGCGCGACCAAUCUAAACGUACAUAUUCUAUUCCUAUCUUGUGCUAUGGUAGUGACAACUUUAUAGAGAACUCGAGGCAAUUGCUUGAUAUUUUCCUUGAAAAAGUCAUUUUGCCCGAACUACUCUUUGAUGAUGACAAAGAAGGUAUUGUUGCCGAUGCUGCCGGUGAAGUAUGUACUGUCAAAUGUGAUUUCUGUCAUGGCGAUAUCUUUUGUCACUAUUACCAUUGCGAUAUUUGCAACCAAUACGAUUUAUGCUUAGAUUGCUAUUCAAUUGGCCGUAGCUGUCAACAUGUUACAGAAAUGCAAAUGUACAAAAGUCCUGAAAGUAUCAUGAAUGCAGUCAAAACCUAUCUCAAUUAUGUGAAAAAUGUAAAUGCGACAUUUAAUGGAGAUCUUAUUCCAAAUAGAUCGCUUGAUGUGUUAAGAAAUUCACCGCAUGAUCAUCCUGCUAAUUUGGCUACCACCUGUCGUCGUAUAGAAAGAUAUCGUCGAAAAAGAUCUCAUAAUUUCAAUAUCUUAGAAUGCAAUCAUUGCUCUGCUGCUACAACUGUAUCGGAAUUAGGCGAGCAGGGUAUUAGUUUACUUAGUAUCUUUAAGCGUAGCUGGUGUAAACAUGCAUCCAGAAAAGCUCGACAAGAAGGUGUCAAUUACUAUACUUGUCUUUCAUGCGUAGAAAGAUGCAGGUCAUGUCAACCACUUGAAGUCAAUACAGAGUCUCUUAAAGAUUAUGAUUUGGUAUACUAUCUUCAUCCUAGUCAUGAUGAACGUAACCGAGGUGGGUUUAUUGAUCUUGAUAUGAAGAGGACAUGUGAUAUCCCCCAAACAACAAAAAAGAUGAUUUCUACUUCCCGUGGUCCUUCCAGAAAAAAGGCUCGAAAAUGAAUAGUAUAUAUUUACUGAAUACAACAACAAUGGCUUAAACAAGAGCUCUUAGUAUUCUCUUCUUCCCUUAAAUUAUUCUGACUUCUACUUGAAUUCACUAUGUAAAUAUUGCAUGUUAGUCUGAUAAAACAAACAAACAAAGAGUAAGAUUAUUACCAUUGGUAUCAUGAUUUGAAGAG